CUGGUCAUAUUUCUGGUCACUGCCACUCCUGCCACUCCCGCACUUUUGCUAACGUCCGUUCCCUCCAUUUGAAAUUUUGGAGGCAAGCCGGUGUUUAUCAAGCGUACAUACAAAUGACAACAACUUUUAUUUGGAAUUUAAAAGGCCGCUUUUCUUUGUUGAAAUACCAAAACCAGAUCGAGUUUUACUUCUUUUAAUUACAAAUGUCGUAAACCAUUUGACAUUUAACCAAGUGCAUCUAAUAAGAUUUGGAUACUUGUUGAUAUUCUUCAGUGACAGCUCAAUCUUAAGGUUAUUAUGACCUGUUUUCCAAACACAAAUAUAGAGGUCAACAUAUCGCACCUGUAUUAAAAAUAUUAGUUUUUAAAAUAAGAAAAAUUAUUAAGUCUAUGUCAUUGCAGUUGUGUUUAAAUAAUGGCUGACCCCAAUAUUGAACAAGUGUGUAUGUCUUAUCCUACGGUGGUGCUUUCUAGAUUACCUCAAGAUGUCUGUGACGUUUUGUUUGCAGAGGAAGAAUCAUCAGAAGAGUCAAUCAAAGAGGUGUCUGGUGUAUAUAAUUAUGAAGGAAAAGAUAUACGUAUAAACAAUUCUUUCAAGCGUCAGAAAUGGAGUAAUGUUUAUUGGAUGCCAGUGCUGCCCAACACACAAAGUGAUGACAGUGGUUUCGGGACAGAAGAUGGCUCAGACUAUUCAAACUUUGAUGAUACACAUAAAAGAGCCCAGAGGUGGAAAGGAGCUGAUGAACAGGGAGAGUAUGAAGUUCAAAAAAUUGUUGAUCACAGGUUUGACAAGGAUGGAAAAGACCAAUUUUUUGUUAAAUGGGUUGGUUGGGGAAGUCAAUUUAAUACUUGGGAGCCAUUGAGUUAUCUUAACUGUCAUGAAAAUCUGAACAAUUUCAUGAGAAAAAUGAUUUUGGAUAUCUUGCUUGUUAAAUGGAGACCUGUGCCUAGUUGUAAAACACUUCUUUUGAACGCUUAUCGUUCCAUUAUUGAUCAGUGGAUCAAGAAUACACCUAAAGGAAUGUAUCUCAAAAAAUUAAGUGGUGGUUUCAAACAAAAAGGCUUGGCUUUAUCCUCUCUGACAAAAAUGUUAGAUGCAGCAGUUAAUGACAAAUGUUCCAAACGUAGAGAACAGAUUAUUGAAAGCAUCAGGGAUCACUGUGCUCUGUUACGAAUGAAACAAGUACGCAAAGAACAGCUGGAACUCCUUAAGAAAUGGGAGGAUAGUUUAAACAGUGUAGGACCUGGAGGUUUGAGUGUUGAAAAUAAUGUUGAUCUUGACGGCCCUCCCAGUGACUUUAUGUUCAUUACUCAGAACAAAACUGGGCCAGGUUUAAAUAGCUGUAUGCUUCUUGGACAAGUUGCUGGUUGUGAAUGUAUAGAGGAGUGUGGGACCAAGGAAACCUGCUGUCCUAAUAUGGCUGGUGUGGAUUGGGCAUACUCAGCAAAGAGUCGUCUGAUUGUCUCUCCUCGCAGCGGAAUAUUUGAAUGUAACAGGUUUUGCUCAUGUGGACCUGAAUGUCCUAAUAGAGUUGUCCAAUGUGGAAGAAAAGUGAAGUUAUGCAUCUUCCGCACCUCCAAUGGUCGAGGUUGGGGACUGAAAGCUGGGGAACGCAUUGAAAGAGGGCAGUUUUUGACCACUUACUUAGGAGAAAUUAUCACUAGUGAAGAAGCUGCCAAGCGUGAUGAAAAUUAUGAAAAAACUGGAUUGUCGUAUCUGUUUGAUUUAGACAUGAUGGAUCCAGAUGAAGGGCAAAUGUUUACAAUCGACGCUAUGAAGUGUGGGAAUGAGUCACAUUUCAUCAAUCACUCUUGUAAUCCUAAUGCACAUGUUGCUGGGGUAUGGAUUGAGACAAAUGAUCCUGCUGUUCCACUACUGGCCCUCUUUGCCAGACGUUUGAUAAGGAAAGGGGAGGAAAUUACCUUUAACUAUCAAGGUGAUCAAGACCAACGGGGUAAAGGUAGUUCUGUGACAGACAAAACUGACAAUGAGAGUGACAAUUUCCAACCUGUGAAAAAAAAAGCAAAGAAGUGCAAAUGUGGGUCUCGAUUUUGCAAAGGCUUUUACUUUUAGAGAAGUUUUAAAAAAUAUUACCGAACACUUUCAACUCUGCUUUUAAUAUGUAAAUUUUGGGGACUAGAAAAAACACAUAUCUUUUAACAUUUACGUGUGUUAAAAAUGUAGGUUUUUGUGAUUAAGGUGGUUUUUUGUCUUUUUUUAAAUAAUGAAUUUUCUUUUAUCAUUUUAAGUUGAAGCGUUGUUUUGUUACUUUUGUGUAGAUAUUGUAGAUAUCAGACCUGAUUUCUGAGUCAAGAUGAUAUGUGCUUUUUAGAAUAAAAUAUCUAUUUUUACA